GAAACGGCACGAAACACGCGGGAUAAUACACGUCGUUUUUAUUCAAAUCCGCUCAGCUCGAAGUGGAGUCGUGGACGUUGUCGAAAGUUGAACACAAACAACUUUUUUUUUUUUUUUUUUUUUUCAAAGGGGCCGUCUUUAGUGGCGGGUGUUAGUGGGCGUGGCCUGCAGCGGUGUCCGGGUUUAAGUCCCACGUGGUGGGCGCACUCACCGUCGAAGGCUGCCCGCGGACCGACUCAUGCAGCACGCUGGGCCCGGGACUGCUGCACGCAUGCCGUCCUACUCCCUCCACCGCUUCGCUGGCCUGGACCUGGACGACAUCAUGUGCAAGCAACUGUUGAGCCUGGAUCUGAGGGACGUGGACAACCGGCUGUCACCCAUCGGCGGCGGGAAGGCGGCGCCAGGCUUCGUCGGACAGCAGCGUGGCUGCGACACGUCGCUCUCCCUGGGCGCCCUGACCCGUCUGGACGCGGGCCCCCCGGACGACGGCUUGUGGGGGCCGCAGCCGGAGGGCCGACAAGCUCCCGGCCAGUGGCGCAAGCGCGACUUUCUAUCUCAGCGCUCGCUCAGCAUGGUGGAGAGCGGCACGGCGCCGGAGAGCCCGGGCUGGCCCGGCUCGGACGUGAUGAUGAUGCUGAUGAUGAAGAGCGGCCAGGAAGGCGCGGGCCCCGCCUCCGCCGCGCCGUCGUCCAGCUCCUCCGCCUCGUCCCGCUACAAGACGGAACUGUGCCGCUCUUUUACGGAGAGCGGCACGUGCAAGUACGGGGGCAAGUGCCAGUUUGCCCACGGGCCCGACGAGCUGCGGGAUCUGAGCCGGCACCCCAAGUACAAGACGGAGCCGUGCCGCACCUUCCACACCAUCGGCUUCUGCCCGUACGGGAUCCGCUGCCACUUUGUCCACAACAACGAGGAGGAAAUGGAUCACCUGUCGCGCUCCUCGAGCUUCGCCCUCCAGUCGCGGGCCAACAGAAUCCCGCUCAUGAGACAGAGCGUCAGCUUCUCCGGGUUUCCGACCCCGCCUCAGCACUACCUUCCUCCCGCCGCCGCCUCUUUCGCACGCGCUCAGUCCGCCUCUCCCCCUUGCGCCGACAUCACCGACCUCCUCGCUCAGGUCUUUUCAGAGACGGAACCCAGUACCCUCCAGGCCUCCGCCGCUCCGCAGUACCAACCUGUUUCCGCCGCGGAUCCCCGCUCCCCUUUCCUGCCGUCCCCGGACUCGGGCUGUUCGCCCUCCGGUCCGUCGCCGCCUCCGAGCCCCGGCGUCCCGCCGCUGUUCUCGCGGUCCCUGUCCUACGCCUCGCUGUCGGAUCAAGACCAGGACGAAGGAAGCUCGGCGAGCUCGCUCAGCGGACUGGAGUCCGGCAGCGAGGGGAAACGCCUGGCCGUGUUCAGCCAGCUCUCCGUCCCAGAGGACGGCGCCGGGUCGGGACUUUAGGUGCAGGACCAGAAGUACUACUCAACUCGUUUUGUAUAUAGAAGCGCUCCGAGUGCCUCUCCUCAAAGCCAAAGCGGACUAGACUUGUUCGAGUACGGUAGGUAGGCCUGGAGACCACGUUUCGUUGAGGUCUCCGGCCUCGGAAAGCCGAUGUUGUGUUUUUUUUAACACGUCUUAAAAGUACCUGGGGUGUUACUGAGCAGGUCGUUCCUUCGUGUUUGAGGGUAUUUCUUUUCCCUGUAUACCAAUCAAGAGUAGCAUGGCUGGGGGUUUUUUUUUUUUGACAGACAUCAGAAGAAAGUCGACAUAAGUCACUUCAAUUAAAGAAUUGAAAGUGAAAUGUGAAGGUAUGUCCGUGUCAGUCUGCAUCCUUUUCAAUUAUUGAUGGCAAACAUUCCAAGAUGUUCUCUCAUGUUUGGUAUUAACUUUUUUUUCUUGUUGGGGUAUUUUCACGAUAGCUCUGCGGUUGUUGAGCCACAUUUAGCACACUGUAGCCUUUCCCGUGCUAAUAAUAAGCCUUUUAGAAAUGUUAUCAGGCUCUUUAUUUGUCUUUAAUGUAUUGUUAGAUCUUGUUCUGCUAUUUAAAAAGGACCUUUUUUUUUUUUUUUUUUCCAUCGACGUGUUUUGAGGCUUGUUUAGUAUGGUAGGUGAUAGCCUUGGUAAAUUAAAUUUCUUUAAUUUAUUUUAACAUAUUUAUAGAGGACUUUUGAGUUGGUAAUGCUUGUAUCAAGUUUAAUAUAUUUGCCUUUUCUUUUUGGACAUGUUUUUUUUCUACUGGAAAUAAAGGUUGUUGUUUUUAUUAAAA